AUGAAGGUGCAGGUGUUCCUCUCGCUGGCCGCUGCCGUCAUCUCGGCCGUCUCGGCAUCGCCGCUGUCUGCGCGUCUCCUCAACCCCAACCCGAUCGUCAAGCCAAGCGGCGACCCUUUCUACAAGGUGCCCUCCAACGUCGCCACCUUCACCGAGGGCGAGAUCAUCCGCGAGCGCGAUGUCACCUUCCAGAUCGGCUCCGGCCUCUCGCCGCUCAACUACGACAAGGCGUACCAGCUGCUGUACCGCACGCAGACGGCACUCGGCAAGCCCGACGCCACGGUGACGACGGUCUUCAAGCCUCGCGUGCCGCUGAGCCCGCCGCAGGUCGUCUCGGUGGCGCUCUUCGAGGACUCUGCGUCGUUCGACUGCGCCACGUCGUACGCGCUCACAACGUUCAGCAGCUCGCAGCAGGCGCUCAUCACGACGAUCCAGACGUCGACGAUUGCUGCGCUGCUCGCCAAGGGCAUCUACGUCACGGCGCCCGACUACGAGGGCUCGCAGGCCGCCUUCAUUGCCGGCUACGCCGAGGGCCGCGUGCAGCUCGACUCAGCACGCGCCAUCCUCAACCACCGCAAGACCAUCGCCAACCCGGCGGGCAACCGCAUCAUCCUCACCGGCUACUCGGGCGGCGGCCACUCGGCCGGCUGGGCAUCGCAGCUGUACCCCGAGUACGCGCCCGAGCUCAACAUCGUCGGCGCCGCCUUCGGUGGCCUGCCCGUCGACCUGCGCGCCGUGCUCGUGAACCUCAACAAGGGUCUCUUCGCCGGCUUUGCCGCUGCCGGUCUCGCUGGCCAGGCCAACGCCUACCCCGAGGUGCAGCAGUACCUCGACUCGCAGCUGCUGCCCAACGGCACCGAGGCGUUCAAGUUCCUGCGCAGCGACCAGGGCUGCGUCAUCGGCGAGCUCGCCGCCUUCGCAUUCAAGGACAUCUUCUCCUACACACGCAAGGGCAUGGCUGUGCUUGACGACCCGGUGCCGGUCAAGUACUUUAAGCUCAACCUGCUCGGUGGCCGUGGACAGCAGGAUGUGCUCAACAAGUUCCCGCUGUUCAUCUAUCACGCUCGUAAUGACGAGGUCAUUCCGCGCCAGCCCGUCGACCAGUACGUCAAGGAGCAGUGCGCCGCCGGCGCCAGCAUCAACUACUCGCUCUCGGACGGCACGGAGCACGUGUCCGAGACGCUCGUCUCGAUCCCUGCCGUGCUCGAGUGGGUGUUCAAGCGCUUCGACGGCACGCUCAAGCAGACGGGCUGCACCACGUCGACGCACUCGCCGUUCGGCAACUCGGACCUCGUUGCGCUCAUGGGCAAGGACGCUGCGGCGCAGUACCAGAAGUACGCCAGCUUCAAUCAGCAGGCUCUCGCCGACAAGGCUGGCGUCAAGUAA